GCUGGGCUCUGGGAAGAAGGCGGUGGCGCUGAAAGGCGGGGGCGCCGUGGGGGCCGGGCCCGUGUUUACACAGCGGCGGGCGGGCGCGGACGCAGAACCCGGCGCGGCGGCAGCGGCACGAUGGUCAUGGCGCAUUUCGUCGAGAAUUUUUGGGGGGAAAAAAAUAGUGGCUUUGAUGUUCUUUACCAUAAUAUGAAACAUGGACAGAUAUCGACAAAAGAGCUAGCAGAUUUUGUAAGAGAAAGAGCCACAAUAGAAGAGGCGUACUUCAGGUCAAUGACAAAACUAGCAAAAUCUGCAAGCAAUUAUUCACAACUUGGAACAUUUGCACCAGUAUGGGAUGUGUUCAAAACAUCUACAGAGAAAUUAGCUAAUUGUCACUUGGAUCUUGUUAGAAAACUACAAGAAUUAAUAAAGGAAGUUCAGAAGUAUGGAGAAGAACAAGUAAAGUCUCAUAAAAAGACUAAAGAAGAAGUUGCAGGAACUCUGGAAGCUGUUCAAACCAUUCAGAGCAUAACUCAGGCCCUCCAGAAAUCCAAGGAAAAUUACAAUGCCAAGUGUGUAGAACAAGAACGUUUGAAAAAGGAAGGAGCUACACAAAGAGAAAUAGAAAAGGCAGCUGUUAAAUCUAAGAAAGCAACAGACACCUAUAAACUCUACGUGGAAAAGUAUGCAUUAGCAAAAGCUGAUUUUGAACAGAAAAUGACAGAAACAGCUCAGAAAUUUCAAGACAUUGAAGAAACUCAUCUCAUUCACAUAAAGGAAAUUAUAGGAUCCUUGUCAAAUGCUGUAAAGGAAAUUCAUUUGCAAAUAGGCCAGGUCCAUGAAGAAUUUAUAAAUAAUAUGGCUAACACUACAGUUGAAAGCUUGAUACAAAAAUUUGCUGAGUCAAAAGGCACUGGGAAGGAAAGACCUGGCCUUAUUGAAUUUGAAGAAUGUGACCCUGCUAGUGCAGUUGAAGGUAUAAAACCAAGGAAAAGAAAGACUUUUGGCUUGCCAGGAAUAAUUAAAAAGGAAAAGGAUGCAGAGUCUGUGGAAUGCCCUGAUGCAGAUUCACUUAACAUUCCUGAUGUAGAUGAAGAAGGCUAUAGUAUAAAACCAGAAGCAAAUCAGAAUGAUACCAAAGAGAACCAUUUCUACUCAUCUAGUGAUUCUGAUUCUGAAGAUGAAGAACCAAAGAAGUAUCGGAUAGAAAUUAAACCUAUGCAUCCAAAUAACUCACAUCAUACAAUGGCUUCCUUGGAUGAAUUAAAAGUAUCUAUAGGAAAUAUAACGCUCUCUCCAGCAAUAUCUAGACACAGCCCAGUGCAGAUGAAUCGGAAUUCGUCUAGUGAAGAGUUAACAAAAUCGAAAUCAUCUGCUUCAUCCAAUGAGAAAGGAACCAGUGAUUUACUUGCUUGGGAUCCCCUGUUUGGUGGACUUUCUCUUGAUUCAUCUUCAGCUUCACUAACUUCAUCAUCAUCAGCCAGGCCCACAACUCCUCUUUCUGUAGGCACCAUUGUCCCACCUCCAAGGCCUGCUUCCAGACCAAAGCUUACUUCAGGCAAACUCAGUGGGAUUAAUGAAAUACCCAGGCCAUUCAGCCCACCUGUAACUUCCAAUACCAGCCCACCUCCUGCUGCUCCUUUAGCCCGGGCAGAAAGUUCUUCCUCUAUCUCAUCUUCUGCUUCAUUGAGUGCUGCCAAUACUCCCACAGUAGAAGAUGAUAAUUUGAUUGGGACACUCUCUGAAAUUGAAAAGCACUGUGAGACUUCACAAGGUGUGUCACGAGGUCCCAGCCCUGUCAGCCUUGGAAAUCAGGACACCUUACCUGUGGCAGUCGCCCUUACAGAAUCUGUUAAUGCCUACUUUAAAGGAGCAGAUCCCACCAAGUGUAUUGUGAAGAUCACUGGUGACAUGACAAUAUCAUUUCCAAGUGGAAUUAUUAAAGUCUUCACUAGCAAUCCAUCUCCAGCUGUGCUGUGCUUCAGGGUGAAAAAUAUCAGCAGACUAGAGCAAAUUCUUCCAAAUGCACAACUUGUGUUCAGUGAUCCAUCACAGUGUGAUUCUAACACAAAAGAUUUUUGGAUGAACAUGCAAGCUGUUACUGUCUACCUCAAGAAACUAUCAGAGCAAAAUCCAGCUGCCUCUUAUUAUAAUGUAGAUGUAUUAAAGUAUCAGGUAUCAUCAAAUGGUAUUCAGUCCACGCCUCUAAAUCUUGCAACAUACUGGAAAUGUAGUGCUGGCACCACAGAUCUUAGAGUGGAUUAUAAAUACAACCCAGAAGCUAUGGUGAUACCAAGUGUGCUUUCCAACAUACAGGUGAUGGUACCUGUGGAUGGAGGGGUCACAAACAUGCAGUCCCUUCCUCCUGCAAUAUGGAAUGCAGAACAGAUGAAGGCCUUUUGGAAACUGUCUGGUGUUUCAGAAAAAUCAGAAAAUGGAGGUUCUGGGACUCUAAGAGCAAAAUUUGAUCUUUCAGAAGGACCCAGUAAACCAACAACACUUGCAGUGCAAUUCCUCAGCGAGGGAAGUACCCUCUCAGGAGUGGAUAUUGAACUUGUAGGCACUGGCUAUAGGCUUUCCUUAGUAAAGAAGCGGUUUGCCACUGGACGAUACUUGGCAGAUUGUUGAUGGACGACCUAAGCAAAGUGGUUGGCUCAAGGGAGUAGUACACACCUGCCAUUCUGCAUUAUCUGUUUUCCAAACACUAUUCUAACUUGUAGUAUGUCUUUAAAAUGUAGACAUAUAUGAGAGCUGACUGUAAAUAUUAAAUUGCACCUUUGAAGUGAGUCAUCGAAAGAAAUAGCACUGAAAUGAUUUUCAAUGCUGUAAAUGAUCAACUGCAAUAUUCAGGAAGCAUAUUGAUUCAGAUUCUCAGUAAAGUUUUCAUACGCUUAAAUUUUAAAUUAUCUUCAGUGUUUAUAUUGAAAAAGGGGGUUAUAGUGUAAUAUCAGGCCUAAUAUUUCAGGAGAGCAAGCACAAAGUAAUUUAGCUUUCCAUAAAUUUUUUUUAGUCAGAUAGUUUUAAAUUUCGUAAGUUUGAUGUUGAAUGGAUAUAAACAACAUGAAUUCUAAGUUUGGAUAAUGUUAAUUUAGAACACUCAAUCAAAUUGAGUUAUGUGCCAUAAAGUAAUCAGACUAUAGUCCGGGUUGUAUGCAAAAAAUUUAUCAUUUGAUUUUUUUAAACAUAUAACUGUAAGUGGUGUUUUAUGAUUUUUUAAUCCUCAAGUGCAAUGUGUUUUAAAAUAAGCUUGCAAAGGACAGCAGAGAUAUUUACUUCUGCAGUUAACUUUAUAGAAGUUGUGAUUGUUUUGAUGAAUUAAUGCUGUAGAUUUAAUUUAUUUUUAUAUGGAUCGCAUAAUGUGUGCCUUUUAAAACAAUAACAAAAAACCAGAAAUGUGCCUAUCCAGUUUGUGUUCAUAAAUGUGCCUCACUUUUUUCUCACAAUCUGGAUCUUCUGUUCAUAGUCUUAAGUGAUCAGGCAUUUUUACAAGAUAAUUGCAAUUUUUUAUAAAUAACUGGCUGGAAUUGGGAAGGGAAUUCGGGAUAACUAAAUAAUUUAUACUUAAGAACCCUGGCUCACUUCUUUAGUGAAACACUAUAGCCACUAGAAAGACAAAGAGCUACCUAAUGGCUUACGUUUACAGGGGAGAAAAAUUACCUUCAGGUUUUGGGCCAUAACCUAUCAAAAGUAUGUAAAUCUUAAAACAAAUUCUGAAAAACUAAGUUAAAUUGGUAACUGGGAUUUUAACUCUCAAUCUAACAUUUCCUUCUACUCUGUUUACCAUUGUGAAUUUAUACAUUUAUUUACUGAAUGUGUUGUGAGCAUGAAUUUUGUAGCAUUUUGUGAGGAACACAUUAUAGAAAAGAUUAGUUUUGGCAUUAGAGAAGUCUAUCAUUUGUUUUCAUUUCAACAGCUGGAAAAACUACCAAUUUGUAUGUUUUUUAAAGUGAUGGAUUGGGUUAAGCAUUUCUUAAAUUACUAAUAUUAAAUAGUAAAAAACCUAACUUUAUGGCAAAUCCUAAUUAAUUGAAGGAAUUAAAUAUUUUGGACAAAGUUUCAUAAUUUAAAAUUGGAAAUUUUAUUUAUAAGGAUAAAUACCAGUGUCGUGCAUUUCGCAUAGAAGUAAUAAAUUGUGUUAUAUAUGAUAAUUUAUAUAAAACCACUAAUUGUUCUGUUAAGCUUUACAGAAAAUAAAACUCCUACUACUAGACAUUUAUGUAACGUCUUACUAAAUAAAGCAGAAAAUCUACUCGUUAGCUAUAUAUAUAUAUAUAUAUAUAUAUAUAUAUAUAUAUAUAUAUAUAGUGUGCUUUUUUAUAUAUUCAGUGUUAGCCCAAUUCUAAAUUUAGAUUUGACCAAGGUAAUACAUAAAAUAAUUUACUGAAAUGUUCAUCUUUACUAAGAAGUGAUCAAAAUUAGAAAUUCUAACUCAUAUUGUGCUCUUAAAUGCCAAUUGCAGUCCCUUACUGAAAUCAUAACUGUUAACUGCAUUGCAGUCAAACUCCUCUUAUUGAGCAGUUAAUAUUUUAUUAUUGAAAUUCAGACACCAUUAUACUUACAGUAUUUGUUUUUAAUUAAACAUUACCUUAAAGUGUACAAAUUAGUGAAAUGGUAAAACUUCACUUUCUUAAUUACCGCAACGGGUCAAUACAUAAAUAUGUAUUGGGUGCAGGUUACAAUUUUGAAGCCAUAUGAGUUUAUAUUGAUUUUGUUUUUCAUUUAAAACCCCACUAAUGUAAAAAAAGACCAGUAGAUUUUCAUGGGAAAUGUAUUUAGCAAGCUGGUUCUUGCUUAUGUAUAGUGGUAAACUUUCUAGCUGUCUCUUUAACCAAGAAUUUGUAAACACAGAACUCUAACAAAUGUGAGUUUUUAAGAAUUGUUAUUUACUACUUUGAGUUGUAAUUAGAACAAUGCAAAUCUAUCUUACAAAAUUUUGUAAAUAUUUUUGAUUUUUUCAUAAAAUGUAAAUUUUACAUAAAAGUUGUACCAUUAAUAAACAUGUAAUAUAUAACUUA